AUCCAUUAAAUAUUUCACGUCAAAUAAAAAAAUAAAAGAAUAACAAUCAUAUUUUUAGGGCGAUAUAUUUUAUAUUUACUGAUCUGUGAAAUGUAACAAUGAAAGAAAUAAAAUCUUUCAUCACAAGCUAAAAUAAAAAUGGAGGCUGAUUCAACAACUUACGAUAAUAGCUCAAAAUCACCCGAUGACAUUUGUUUACCAUUUAAUUUAUGUUCAGCAAAUCUAAAGCUUUAUAAAAGUCUAAUCAGUGAUGUAGGGGAUCGUAGCUUAGAAAGCCAGUUGGUAGGAAAGCUACAGUCGCUUGGGUUAAUACCUCAAAAUAUAACUUGUCCUGAAAACAAAUCAGAUUGUAAAGUUGUAUGUAAAUCGGCGCGCGUUAUUGACAGAGUUCAGUGGGCUUGUGAGGGAUGUGGUAAGAAACAGCCAAUUAGAACUGGUUCGUUCUUCUUUAGACUGCCGUGUUCUAUUCUGCAAGCCCUGCAGAUAGUACUUGCCUGGUGUGAGGAUGCUGAAAUAACAACUGCUGCACAAUUUUUUGAUGUAAAGCCAAGAGUGGCUAGUUCUAUCUAUGAUAGAUUGGAUGAAUUAUCAAUUAAUCAACUUCAGAAAAGCAAGUUAGGAGGGGAGAAUGCAGUUGUUCUUACCGAGAUGUAUCCUGAUUGCUUGAAUAGACUGUCACCAGACACAACAGACCAAGCACAUGUGCAUCGAAUAUUGAUGAUUGCUGAUACUAAACAUAUCCCUACACAAUACAAGCUCCAUGUUAUUCAAAAUGAUCUAAAAAAACUGCAGGGCACUACAAAUAAUGAGCAGUCUCUUAAAGAAGAAAUAGAGCAAGUAUUAGCAAAUGUAUCGGAACCACAAUCAAUGCUAGUUACUGGUAACAAUAUUCCAUUCAUUGAUGGAACUGUAUCUCUACAGCAACUGAUUCAGCAUUGUGAUGUUGAUAUGCAACACUUUCUGAGUUCCCGUAUCUGGAAUCAGGCGUUAACAUUGUGCUCUGCUUCCCGCGACCUGUGCUCGGGCUCGACCGCAAUCGCCUGUGUCGUGCCGCUGCAGCGCUACCUCGACGCAGCGCUGUACCGCCUGCGACACACGGACCGCUUCUACGAGCACACGCUACGUGCGCUCGCCGGUGACGUCACUCACACUCAUUCAUCCUAGUACCAUCUGCUGACAUCACCACUUGAGCUAUGGUGUCAUGGUGGAAUAUCGACGUCUAAUGAUUUCAUCAUUAAGUCUGCACCUGUACAUUAGUUUCAAAACUUUUAGUCAUCUCUGUAAUUAACAUUCUUGAAUUUUUAAGGAUGAUAUAUUUGUUUCAGUCUACAUAAGUCAUGAUUUUUGAAUUAACUUAACAUGAUGUCAAUGUACAAGAUAUUUAUUUAGUAAUAGUACAUAUAUAAAGAAGUCGCACAAAUAACUAUAUUUUGUAUAAUUGCCUUAAGAAAAAUAUUAAUUGUAAUAGGAUAAAAUGGUGUUUCAAACCUAAAUGUUAAAAAAUAAAAAUACGACAGAGCAUUACUGCUAUGAAUAGAGAUAAAAUGUUGUGUUAUCGAGUGAAGGUAAUUUGUUUAAUACCAAAAAUAUUUUGAUUGUUGCAUAUCUUUUAUCUAUUUAAUUAAUUGUGACAAUAAGGAAAUCUAUUAUUUUUUAUGAAAUAUGAAUGAACUAAUUAGCAAUAAGGAUGUUAAAUGAUUGGCGUUAAAAAAGUUGCUGAUCAACUGCCAUUUGCUGAGUACCAGCUAUAUACAACUUUUUCUCCCACAAAACACCACUGUGUUGUUAUAUUAUGGUUUAACCCACCAUGGGUUAGCCAGUGUUUUAAAGCACAAUUUGAGCAUAUGCAGAGAACAAUGCUUGAGUAUGAAAUUUAUUUCCUAAAUUUUGCUAAAUGAUCUUUAUUAGUGAAAGCAAAUGAAGUUUCUAGUGGUUAUAUUUAGGAAGUUCUGCCUUCCUUAUUUGUAUAGUGAAUUAAGAAGUGCCUUGAAAUGUGUGUCUUCCUAAGUGUUGUGUGUGCCUUGAACUGUUUUACUAUUGAAAAGUUGAUAUUAUUCGUGAUAUUAUGUUGUUCAAAUUUAAUUAAAUUCAAAUAUAUUUUUUUCAUAAUUUUUAUUCAUUGGGAGAGUAAUACCCAAUUAUUGUUAUGUGAAAUUUCGCCGAUUCUUUAAAUAAUUGUAGAAUAAAAGAAGUAAAUAAUGAACCUCGAAAAAGACAAAACUUAUUAAAAAAAAUUAUUAGGCUGUAUAAUAUUUUCAAUAUUUUCUUAUCAUACUUAAGAUUUAUUAUUUUCCCAUCCAUCUUGACUUGAUCCGUAUUUAAGAUCAAAAAAGUAAUACAUUAACUGUAUAUACUUAUGUACAAAAAAGGUUUUACUAUUUUAAUUAAUAUAUUGCGAUCUUGUUUUAUUUUUAAGUUUUGUUUUUUUUCUAAAGUAUUCUUACCACAGAGUUACUCAGUAAUUGAUAAGUAUUGCACAGGAUUGUCUUCCUUAUGACGUAGAUAUUAUUGAAAUAAGCUCAUUAAUUUUGUUAUAAAAUAAUGUCAAUAUAUAUUACGUUUUUAAUUUUAGUUAAAAUAAAAGUAUUUUGUAUCAAGGUUUUCCAGUUAAGUUAUAUAUAUAUAUAUAAAUAGCAUAUAACGAUGGCGCAUAUUUUUAAUUUUUUUUUUUUUUAACUUUCGGUCGAUUAAAACUAUACAUUUGACUAUCUAAUAAG